AUGACCCAUUUGGCGUGUCGAUUUUGCAAUGAUGAAUCCGCGGUUCAUGUUGUUGAUCCUCUGCUGGAUUUACAUUAUCGCUUUAAAGAUAUGAAAAGGCUUAAAUGCAUGAUUGAAGCGAGAGGAUUGAAAAUUGAUGUUGAAAGCGUUGCUGCAAAUUAUAAUAGAUGGUGGAAUGUUUACACAAAGUGGCGUGAUUCUACUGCUAAGUCGCAGGCAGAAAAGUUAUUGCGUAACCGCGAGUUAAGGCAGUGCAUGCUGAAAGAAAGUGAGGGAUUGCUGGAUGCUUUGAGGUUACCAAAUGAUUUAUCAGCCGAUACUAUGUGUGAAGUUACCGCUCCUUUGUUCAGUGAAGUUGACUAUGAACAAAACAACAGGCAUAUAUUUUUUUUGCAAAAAGCGGGUAUGAUAAAGGUAGAACCUUCAAUUUCAAAUGCACAUCUCAUAGGACUCCCAGCUAGUUUGCAGUAUUUUCUGCAAAAGUUGUUCCGUGAAGAACUUACUGGGAAUAUUCUUAAUGUUUCUCCACCCUACUUUGUGCGUGGUGCAAUAAUCGAUGGUGUGAAUAUGUCAAAGGAGUCUUUCCCGCUAUUUGCCAGUGAUGCGCAUAAAAGAUCUCUCUAUUUGACAGGUCAUAGUAUCCCUUCGCUGGUUGCUUUGUUUGUGAAAAAAUCCUUCACGAUGAAGACAAAUAGAUGGCCUCUUCGUUUGCUAAGCAGUGGAGCUUCUUAUAACAUUCCAGGCAGCGUACCAUCUUCCAUUCUUAAUUUGAAUAAUAUUUCACAACGAUUAAAGAUAGUGCUGCUGUCACUGUGUAGAACGGACGAGGAAGAAGACAGUGAAUAUAAAUUUCUGACUAAAUCAGUACAAGCUAUUUUGGAAGACAAAUUAUCUCUAGAAAUUGCUUCAUCGUUUGUUCCUGCUUAUAAAUUAUUAAAUUUCGAAUCUGGUGCAACUGGCUUGUCAACUUCAACUGAAGUUGAGAUAGCUCGUAUUUCUACGAUUGGUUCAUAUAUCUCCCGUCGAUUAUGUAUUUUGCUUGAUUCGAAACCGAAAAAUGUUGAUUUUGUGCGAAUGGUUUUUGUUGACAUUGAUCUUACAAGAAUCGUUGCUUCAUUGAUCGAAAAACAUGUGAUAUCUGGAGAGUCUGUGCCAGAAAGCAUCAAUUCUUUUCUUACUCGCUCACUUAUUCAGUCUUUAAAUUCUCAGAAAUCAUGA